CCUGGGCUGACCCGGAAGCAGUCGCGGCGCCGGCGGCCGCGUCCCCGGUUGCCAGGGCGCCGCCCCGGAAGUAGGGCGCGGCCGGGCCGGGGGCUGGAGGCGGGGCCGGCGCUCCCACUGCUGCUCGGGGCCCGCAGUCACAGAACCUCCGAGACGAGGCCAGGCCCGGGGUCCUUCCAGACUGACCGGCCAGCGCCCGGCCCCCCGCCCCCGCCCUGCUGUUUUCUUGCAUUAGCACCUGGGGAGUGGGGCAGCGAAGCCGCGGCUGGACGCCCCCCUGGUUCCAGAGCACCUAUGGGUCAUGGCCGGGAAGGUCAAGUGGGUGACGGACAUCGAGAAGUCGGUGCUGAUCAACAACUUUGAGAAGAGGGGCUGGGUGCAGGUGACGGAGAACGAGGACUGGAACUUCUACUGGAUGAGCGUGCAGACCAUCCGAAAUGUGUUCAGUGUGGAGACCGGCUACCGGCUCUCGGACGACCAGAUUGUCAACCACUUCCCCAACCACUACGAGCUGACGCGGAAGGACCUGAUGGUCAAGAACAUCAAGCGCUACCGGAAGGAGCUGGAGAAGGAGGGCAGCCCCCUGGCCGAGAAGGACGAGAACGGCAAAUACCUCUACCUGGACUUCGUGCCGGUCACGUACAUGCUGCCUGCCGACUACAACCUGUUCGUGGAGGAGUUCCGGAGAUGCCCGUCCAGCACCUGGAUCAUGAAGCCGUGCGGCAAGGCCCAGGGCAAGGGCAUCUUCCUCAUCAACAAGCUCUCGCAGAUCAAGAAGUGGUCGCGGGACAGUAAGACGUCCUCGUUCAUGUCGCAGUCCACGAAGGAGGCCUACGUGAUCUCGCUCUACAUCAGCAACCCGCUGCUCAUCGGCGGCAGGAAGUUCGACCUGCGGCUCUACGUGCUGGUGUCCACCUACCGGCCCCUGCGCUGCUACAUGUACAAGCUGGGCUUCUGCCGCUUCUGCACAGUCAAGUACACGCCCAGCACCAGCGAGCUGGACAACAUGUUCGUGCACCUCACCAACGUGGCCAUCCAGAAGCACGGGGAGGAUUACAACCACAUCCACGGGGGCAAGUGGACGGUGAACAACCUGCGUCUCUACCUGGAGAGCACCCGAGGCCGCGAGGUGACCAGCAAGUUGUUCGACGAGAUCCACUGGAUCAUCGUGCAGUCGCUGAAGGCCGUGGCGCCGGUGAUGAACAACGACAAGCACUGCUUCGAGUGCUACGGCUACGACAUCAUCAUCGACGACAGGCUCAAGCCCUGGCUCAUCGAGGUCAACGCGUCCCCCUCGCUCACCUCUAGCACCGCCAACGACCGGAUCCUCAAGUACAACCUCAUCAACGACACCCUCAACAUCGCUGUCCCCAACGGCGAGAUCCCUGACUGCAAGUGGAACAAGUCGCCCCCCAGGGAAGCGCUCGGCAACUAUGAGAUCCUGUACGACGAGGAGCUGGCACAGGGCGACGGGGCUGAGCGGGAGCUGCGGGGCCGGCAGGCACCAGCGCUGGGCCCCAGGGGGGUCCGCUCUCGAGACUCGGGGAGAGCUGUCCUGACCUGGAAGUGAAGGAGAGCCGGCCACGCCGGACUCCAGCCCCGAGCAACCCCCCACGUCUACACCCUACGAGGAGUCGCCUAUUUUGGAAUUUCCGUUUUUUUCUAGAGUCUCUGUUUUCCCUCCCCUAAGCCUGUCCGUAAAUAAAGGUGUGACUGGGGUCGGCUCUUC